AUGAGCGUACAAGACGCCGACACCAACCUCAGCGUCGUAGAGAUUUCGGAUGGAGAGACUUCGAAUUCAACGACAGACUCGGAGGACCAGACGUUCGUAGAGCGGACAAAACUGUCGGUUGGAAACCCCACUGCAGCUAAACCAGCAGCGCCCAAUGGCGCGGCCAAAGUCUUGUUCUUUGAUGGCAUUCGCGGUCUCGCAGCCAUUCUGGUUGUCAUUCACCACUCAAAGGAAUACCCCACCGACAAACUGCAUCUCGGGGCAGUGGCCGUGGACAUCUUCUUUGUGCUAUCAUCGUUCCUGCUGACAUGGCUUUUCAUAAAAAAGAGCAUGAAGCUACUAGCACAACAUGCUGGCGCUCGAACGUGGACCAUCGCAUUGUUGGACUACUUCCAGAAACGAUUCUUUCGAGUGUACCCGCUGUUCGCAGUGACGGCGAUCGUACUGGCCUGCGUGUCUACCCAGAACCAGCAGAAUUAUAAUAUCAACAACCCCGCAGACUACGAUUUGGGCAAAGUGCUACUGUUCUACACCGGCUACCGUUUUCACGUGUUUUGGACGUUACCGCUGGAGAUUGGGUACUACUUCGUGCUCCCAGUUUUUGUCGCGAUUGCGCUGGGUAUGCGUCGCUUUUGGUGGAUUGGAGCGAUACCACUAUUCGUGUGGAUCCUACACGAAGGCUUCUACGCCUACAGAAACCACCACAUGCCUCUCCUUCCUCAUCUCCACACAUUUACAAUGGGUUCAAUGGGUGCCGUCAUCUUCGUGAAGGCGGAUUUAUGGAUCAAAGAGACGAAAUUUAACUUUUUCUGGUGGCACACACUCGCCCUCCGUGUAGUUGAAGGUCUAGCCAUUGCUGUACUGGUGAGCGUGUGCUUCGAUGGAUUAUUCUUCGACUGGAUCCAUGCGGAUCCUGUGCCCGCGGGGCCUGGAUUCCCUUUUGUCAGCGUAGAGCUGACAAUUAUUUUCGUGAUCGAGAUGAUUCGUCCGUCUUGCGUCUCGUCGAUGUUUGAGUGGAGUGUGCUGCGAUACUGGGGGAAAAUCAGCUUCUCGGUCUACUUACUGCACUGUUUCAUUAUUUACCACCCUUCGAUCAUGCAAGAAAAGAAGUUUUUUAACCGAUUCUUCGCGCGAUUCGGUCUGGUUUUAAUACUGGCGACCGUGAGCUACCACGUUAUCGAACGUCCGUCACAGAUGCUGGCACAAAGAAUCUCUCGCUUCCUCGCAGCUCAAGACGGAAAGGACUCUGGAACAUGCUUAGUGAGAUUUACGUGCCUGGAGCGUAUGAACUUGAGAAGGCAAAGCGUCCCACUGGAGGAGAAGUAG